GUCCUCGCCCUCCACCACCAGCUCGUUGGACAUCUCGCUGUUUUUCUGUGGCAGACCAGAGAGCAAUAAAAAAACAUUCUGUGAGCUGGAAUUGCCAAAGAUUAAUGAAGCGAAUCCCAAACUUCAGGAAGAACACAGUCUGCAGAGAUCCAGGAAGAGGAAGUGUUGAUAAGGUGGGGGAGUGGCCUGUUAGAGUCUCUCUGGGACCAUGCAGCCAUCUCAGCUUCACCAUAAGGAGAGAACCAGCGCAGACGUCAUGCCGCUGAAUUCAAGUUUGCCGAGUAAAAACUACGACUACGAGUACGACUCUCUGCAGCCGUAUUUCUACUACGAUAAUGAGGAGGAGGAUUUCUACCCGCAGCAGCUUCAGCCUCCGGCACCGAGCGAAGACAUCUGGAAGAAAUUUGAACUGCUGCCGACCCCUCCCCUCUCCCCGAGCCGCCGGCCGUCCCUGUCCAGCCUCUUCCCCUCCACCGCCGAUCAGCUGGAGAUGGUGACCGAGUUCCUGGGCGACGACGUGGUCAACCAGAGCAUCAUCUGCGACGCCGACUACUCGCAGACCUUCCUCAAGUCCAUCAUCAUCCAGGACUGCAUGUGGAGCAGCUUCUCCGCCGCCGCCAAGCUGGAGAAGGUGGUGUCCGAGCGGCUCGCCUCCCUCAACGCGGCGAGGAAGGAGCCGGCGGCCGGUGACGGCUCGGACCCCGCCGGUGCCGCCGCCGCCGCAGCUCCGUGGAGACUGAACAGCAGCUACCUGCAAGACCUCAACACGUCCGCGUCGGAGUGCAUCGAUCCGUCUGUGGUUUUCCCUUACCCCAUCGCCGAGACGCCCAAGCAGAGCUCAGGGUCGCCGCCUAGUAAGGAUCUGAGGCUGGACACGCCGCCCAACAGCGGCAGCAGCAGCAGCAGUUGUAGUGACUCAGAAGACGAGGAUGGAGACGAUGACGAGGAGGACCAGGAGGAGGAGGACGAGGAGGAGAUCGACGUGGUGACGGUGGAGAAGAGGCAGGCGGUGAAGCGGUGCGACCCCAGCCCGCCGGAGAACAGGCAUCCCAGCCCGCUGGUGCUGAAAAGGUGCCACGUCUCCACCCACCAGCACAACUACGCCGCCCAUCCAUCCAUGAGGCACGAGCAGCCGGCUGUCAAGAGGCUGAAGCUGGAGAGCAGCGGUGGAGCGGCGACGGCAGGAGGAGGCAGCGGCGGCCACAGCAGGGUCCUCAAGCAGAUCAGCAGCAACCGCAAGUGUUCGAGCCCCCGGACGUCGGACACGGAGGACUAUGACAAGAGAAGGACUCAUAAUGUUCUGGAGCGCCAGAGGAGGAACGAGCUCAAGCUGAGCUUCUUCGCCCUGAGGGACGAGAUCCCAGAGGUGGCCAACAACGAGAAGGCGGCCAAAGUGGUGAUCCUGAAGAAGGCCACGGAGUGCAUUUACAGCAUGCAGACGGACGAACAGAGACUCCUCUCACUCAAAGAGCAGCUGAGGAGGAAAAGUGAACUUUUAAAGCAGAGACUCGCACAGCUGCAGAGCUCUCGCGCUUAAAGUUUGAAUCAUAGACUUUGUUUUUGGCCUUUUUUGUUGUUUUUUUUAUGCAAGUUCAAGACUUUAGGGUGUACAGUUGUUGUUGCAUGUAAAUGCAAAAAAUGGAUUAAGUUGUUUGGAAUCUUGCUUGAUUUCCAUGUUGAAACUGCCUCAACUGAAGUUAUGGUUGGAUUAAAUAUUUAAAAGUUUAUUUUUAUUAAUAAAAUGUUAAAAAUGGGGCUAUCCUGUUGUGGGCCCACACUAAAAUAUAAAUUUUUAUGUUUUGUAUAUAAUUAAUAUUUCCUAAGAAAAUGUAUUUUUGGAUCUCAAUUGUCUGGAUGUUCAGACCCAGUGUUUGUUUUUUCCAUUAUGUUCCUAGAUUCUUUUUGAAAUAUAAAAAAAAAUGUUUCUUCUUGAA